AUGGACUCCGUGCUGGACCCUUUCUCCGGACUCGACUCUUUCUCCUCCCCUCCCUACUUCGAUGAUGACGAGUUCUUCACGGACCAGUCCUCCAGGGACGGACACCUGGACACCGAGGACCUGUUGGACGAGGACGUGGACUUCCUCACCAGACACUUCCAGGACUAUUACAGCAAAGAGGGCGGCGGCAGGGCGGAGUACGACCUCGGCAACCUGUCCUUCUCCUCCUCCUCCUCCUCCUCCACCUUCUCCUACGGCUGCGCCGACAGCACCUCGGACCUGUCCCCGCACGCCGGGGCCCCGCUGCUGAAGCGCAGGAGGAGGAUGAGGUCCGAGACGGAGAUGCAGCAGCUGCGGCAGGCGGCCAACGUGCGCGAGCGGCGCCGGAUGCAGUCCAUCAACGACGCGUUCGAGGGCCUGCGCUCCCACAUCCCCACGCUGCCCUACGAGAAGCGGCUGUCCAAGGUGGACACGCUGCGCCUCGCCAUCGGGUACAUCAACUUCCUGGCGGAGCUGGUCCAGUCCGACCUGCCCAUCCGGAACUCCAGCAGCGAGACGCACGCGCAGCCCAAGAAGGUCAUCAUCUGCCACCGAGGAACAAGGUCUCCCUCACCCAGCGACCCGGACUUCGGCCUCCCCCCGCUGGCCGGUCACUCCCUGUCCUGGUCGGAUGAGAAGCAGCUCCGGGAGCAGAACAUCAUCAGAACCGCCAAGGUGUGGACCCCAGAAGACCCCCGGAAGCUGCACAACAAAUCGGGACUGACUGACAUUGAAAACGAGCCCCCCUUCGGGUUCGUGGCCUGAAGCAGACA